AUGCACGUCGGACACGACACUUAUAAUACGUCGUUGGCAAAAAAGGGUGACUUUGACCACUAUGGAAUGACACUGAUAGAAGUGAUGUCCCUGACAGCAUUCAGUUGCGUUGUAUGUAUGAUUGGAACGCUCUCGAAUGUUCUCUUGACGAUCGCUGGUCUUCUGACGAGAGAGCUGCGAAAGAGAUAUACGGCGGUUUUCUUGAUCAGCAUGUCGGUGACAGACACCAUCAUCUGUGCGGUUUACGAACCGAUGUAUAUCUACGACAUUAAUCAUGGAUCUAGUGCUGUCAUGGAGAAGGUCCGUUACAGACUUGGAUUCUGUCUUCUCUUGGCAUCGUUGAACGGUCAGUUGACCGUCACGCUGGACCGCUUCAUCAACAUCUUCUACCCUUACCAGUAUAUUGCCUUGACAAAUACGAGGUUUGUCGUUCUGUCCGCGUUCUUUAUUCAGUGGUUCAAUGCAAUACUGCUCACCCUGCUUAGCUUUCUGACAAGCAGGCCUGUUUUCAGUGUAGUUUACGUCGCAGUCAUCGUCAUUGGUCUCGCUUCUCUCCACAUUUCCAUGUAUUGCGCCGCUCAGCAACAUCAGCGGAGGAUUGCCCGUCAGUAUCCCGUUGUUAAGCAGCAAGUGUUGUUCGUCUGGAACAAGUCCACCACAGUGAUUUCCAUGACACUGGUAGCCACUCUGCUCUGUUGGGCGCCCAUUAUGAUCCUACCUGCCGUAAUGUCGCCGAGUUCGCCGUCUUUUAAGCGAGCCGUAAAAGUCACCCUAGCUUUCACGACGCUGAGUGCUGCUAUAAAUCCUUUCAUAUUCUUCUGGAGGCUGAAGGACUUUCGUACCGCUCUCGUUGCCUGUUUGCGAGGACUGUACACGGUUUUUCAUUGUGACCGUGCAUCUAAUCAAUAG